CCUUGUCAGAAUCCGACGUCCAUCAUGUCUCGUCAUCACAUCUCGGUCAUCUCAUCGGUAUCAUAGCCUUCUGCUACGAAACUUCCAUGACAAUGAAAAUGGGAAUGCGCUGUUUGACGUUCAUCUUGUUUACAUGUGACGCGUCUUGGUCGCUCGUACCGUCCGUUUCGUAUAAUGCGCAGCGGCUUGCCUGUAGAGCUCCAACGAAUGAUGUUGUGAAUACUGGACAACGGGAGGAAGUCGACGAUGUUGGUUUUGGGCGCCGACAGGCUCUGGCGGCUGCAUUUGGCCUGGCUACGACUUCCUUUUCUUUUGCAUCAACUCUUUCAUCGUCACCACCGUCUGCCAACGCUUUCGACAACAAAAUUUCUAGCAAAUACGACGAUCGCCCCAAACGAAGAGGACCUCAGCCCAAGGAUCUGGGCGUAGCCAUCCGCACCAAUUUCGAAGGUGACGAAUUCGCUGGUCUCAAAAACUGUGGCGCAGCGCCUAACUGUUUCUGCUCCACCAUGGUGGACGACCCCGAUCACGCAAUUCCGGCUUUUGUGUGGCCAGGUUCUUUGGACCAAAAGCAAGCCUUUGCUCAGCUACAAGAAACACUACAGGCGUAUCCUCCCGGUCAAAACGGUGUCGACGGUGGCGGAUUUCUCAUGAAAACUUUUGACGACAACAAAGGAUACGCAUUUGUACAGUUUGAGGCUUUAAAGAAUGGGUACAUUGACGACGUUGAGUUUGCUUAUAUUGAGGGAUACGGUGAGCGGGCGGUGCAGGUGCGUUCAAGCAGCCGUGUUGGGUACUUGGACUAUGGAGUGAACGCCAAACGGGUCAACUGGAUAGCCAAAGAGUUGCGGGGGAAAGGAUGGGAUGCCGUCGGCAUAGACUUUACGACUCAUCGUGGAUAUGCGCUGGAAAACCAGAUUUGA